UUUCCCGGGAAAGAGAUAGUAGUCAAAGUGCUCGCUACAAUAGACGUCAAGUUAUUAUUGUCACUUGCAAAUGCCACGUAAAAGUGGACAAUUUUAUAAAUAUGGAAGCAAGAAUAUGGGUAUAUAAUAGUUGCAAAACUAUAAAAUUAUAGAUAAUAAUUUACCUUGUUAGCCUAUGCAUGCCUCCAUCUUUAACGCUGUCAUUGAGAACGUACCUUUAGUAUUCUUUGUCGGUCGACGUUGGCCAGUGCACGCCCCAGCCACAUCAAACGCAUCGAUCACGGUCCACAACUCAAAACACUUUGAAAUCCAAACUUUAAAAACUUGACUACUAUUCAAAAAUGGAAGACGUAAAACUUGAAAUCAUGGAUGAAACUAACGCUGAUUGUCUCUGUGGGCAUUCCUACGAUAGUGAACAGUUCAUGAUACAGUGUGAUGUGUGUAAAAAGUGGUAUCACGGAGUCGCAUUUUUCGAGGCAACUGUUGUUUUGUUAUCCACCGUUUUCUCAAGAAUGUAAAGUUGUCCAGUCAGGAAGUUCAUGGAAAAAAAUCGCUCAAAUUUUUUAGACGCUCUAAUGUUUUUGUUAUGCGUGUCCAUUAAGGAAUAUAUGUCAAUAGAUCUGGAUAAAUACCACUGUCCACGCUGUGAUAUCACUCAUGGGCCUUCCCGUCCAAAAGUAAGAAUGAACUGGCAUCGCCACGAAUACUCCGAACCCGAUGCCGACACAAAACCAGUCCAAACAGGCACUCCCGUCUUCAUUCGAGAGCUCAAAUCGCGACAUUUUCCAAAAGCUGAUGAGAUCGUAAAAAACGUCAGAGGCCAGCAACUCACCCUGCAGUACCUCGAAGCAAACGGUUUCGAGAAUCCCUUCAUAAUAGACGGAAAAGACGGUCUCGAUAUGACCGUUCCUCCUCCAAACUUUAGUGUGUACGACGUUGCAAGUUACGUUGGAGGUGAUCGAGAGAUGGAUGUCAUUGACGUAACACGGCAGAACAACGUCCGAAUGAAAUUACGUGAUUUCGUCGAGUACUACAAUGACCCAGGUAGAACAAGGGUUUUCAACGUUAUCAGUUUGGAGUUCACUGCCACUCCGCUGUCACAAAUGGUGGAGGCCCCUUACAUUGCUCGUAAAUUAGACUGGGUGAAUUCGGUCUGGCCUCGAGAAAUGGCAGACGAUCAUGAGUUCAAACGUCCAGAGGUCCAGAAGUAUUGUCUCAUGGGGGUUAAGGACAGCUACACAGACUUUCACAUAGACUUCGGUGGUACCUCAGUAUGGUACCAUGUAUUGAAGGGGGAAAAAGUAUUUUAUCUUAUAAAACCCACUCCUGCUAAUAUCCAAUUGUAUCAUCAAUGGAUGAGCAGUUCGAGUCAGAGUGAAACAUUCUUCGGAGAUCAAGCUGAUGCCUGCUACAAAUGUGUUUUGAAGCAAGGCCAGACCAUGAUGAUACCCACUGGCUGGAUUCAUGCCGUCCUCACACCUGUGGACUCCCUCGUCUUCGGUGGGAAUUUCGUACACAGUUUAAACAUUCCCAUGCAGAUACAGAUUUAUGAACUAGAGAGGAAGAUGAAGACACCUGCUAAGUACCAGUACCCAGGUUUCGAAACCAUCAACUGGCUCGCGGCGAAGAAACUCUUAAAGGAAUUAAAAGAUCUCAAUCACGAUGGAAAGAAAUGUCCGGAGUACUUUCUCCAAGGAAUAAAGGCACUCCUGGUAAUUUUGAAACAGUGGAAUACCGAUAAGGACUAUAAUACAGUGAGUAGAAGUCAAAUUCCUCGGAUUAUAAACAGUCAGAAAUUGUUGAAAGAGCUCAGCAAAGAGAUUCGACAUGCUGAGAGGUUCUUAAUGACUCUUAAUCCACCUAAACCAGAGCGUGAAAGCAAGAGAAAAAAACGAAAGCCUGUGAAUAAGGAUUUUGUGGAUUUCGAGGCGGCUGAGAAACUCACGGAAAAUGCAUUUAAAGCGAAGAUUGGGAAAAUUGAGAGACUUGGUUCUGAAAUUCAAUCACUGAAUUCCCCCAUUAAAACCUGCAUAAAAUUAACACUUCCUAAAAAUAUUAUUAACUUACACACCACUGGAAAAACAGAUCUCAAGAGUUUGGAUAAGAGAAAACACGAGAGCCUCAGUCGUUUGUCGAAACCGGGGAAGCAGAGCCCAACAGUAAUAAGGAUCAAACUGGGGGACAAUGAAGUUGUUAGAAGUACACAUGAGAAAGUCAAUGUCUACGGCAAUUUUGCAAUUGAUUCAUCAAUCGAAACGCAGAAAGAGUUUACGUGGAAGAAGACGUCGAUCUACGAUUUCCAUGAUGGGAGCAAUGAGAGCGAUCAUGGAGGGGGUUUUACUAUUGAUGAGGCACCGAAGAAGAAGAAAUCGUCAAAGUCCGGGGGCAAUAAGAAAAGUAAGAAGAUGGAGCAGAUGCAGAUGAUAGACGAUGCACCGAAGAAUGGGAUUGAAGAACUUUUGAAAGCUUCCGCUUAUGCACUUACUUCUUCUGGGUCGAGAAUCGAAACUGGGGUUCCCACGAUUCCGACGCAGACGCAGAUUGGUUCUGGCAGGGCAUCACCAUCGACGCGCGAGGCUAUUGCGGGAAUGCUGUCGUUCAGCGAGCAGUGUUACUCGACUCAAACUGGUACUUCAAAAAAAGGCAGUGCUAAGGCUCGAACAGUUGAGUACCAUGAGGAUGAGGAUGACCAGUCGAUAGAGAAUAUUGAUAAAGUCCAUCAAGACGACGACUUCAUUUAUCCAGCGUUAGAUGCCUCUGACGAUGAGGAAUACAUUUUCAAGCCACGGGGGAAACGACGGGUCGAUGAAGCUUGGAAUCCAAAAGCACGUGUUGGUCCGCUUUUACCUAAGACUAAUCGACCUGCUAGAGAAGGAGCGAAGAAAACUUCCGUGGAGAAGGGGCUAGAAGCUGCUGCUGCUAAACGAGCUAAACUUGCGACGACGUCGAAGCGUAUAUCAAAAAAACAGAAGAAGGAACUGAAAGCGGCUGCUAAGGCGGUAGUGAAACCAACAGGCUCGGUGCAGUCGACGACUAUCAAUGAAAUACCUCCGUCAUCUGUAAUUAGUUACAGCUCCAUUCUAACCAGUCCCAACAGACUGAAGGACGUGAAGGCGAAGCUAGCAGCGCCUGUUCCCAUUGAACGCAAACCGAGGAAGGGUAUGAAAACAGCGAAGCAGCGCCUGGGAAAAAUUCUAAAACUUCAUAAAAUGAUGCAUUGAAUCACACAUCAUCCAUCCGUCUUUAUGCAUUGUAUAUUACUGUAAAUAUUGUACACUGAUGGGUUUUUACGACUUUUUUUUCAUACAAUAGUGAAUAACAAAUGUUCAGUUAUUUCGAAUGAGAUUCAGUGGUAUGGCGAGCGUUUAUUAUUAUUUUGAUCUUAUUUAUGUGAACUCAGUUUUUCGGUUUUCAGAAUCAUUUGACGAACUAUUGCUACGUUGACCAUUCAGUAUUAAUGAGAACAUCCUUAGUUUUAUUUUAGUGAUUUAUAGGUAUAAAUGUAUCAUGUGUAUUGCAGCAUAUUGUCCAAUUUUAUUAUUAAAUAUUUUUUACUGAUCA